UGCAGGGAGCAGCUGCUGGAGAAGGAUGAGGAGAUCUCUGAGCUCAAAGCCGAGAGGAACAACACCAGGCUACUGCUGGAGCAUCUGGAGUGCCUGGUGUCCAGACACGAGCGGUCCCUCCGCAUGACGGUGGUCAAGCGGCAGGCUCAGUCUCCUUCGGGAGUGUCCAGUGAGGUCGAGGUCCUCAAAGCGCUCAAGUCCUUGUUCGAGCACCAUAAAGCUCUCGAUGAGAAGGUAAGAGAGAGACUACGUGUGUCACUGGAGAGGGUGUCGGUCUUGGAGGAGGAGCUAACAGCAGCCAAUCAGGAGAUCUUGGCCUUAAGGGAACAAAAUGCUCACAUUCAGAGAAAAGUGGCAUGCGGGGACGGAGGAGAGGACCUCCUGGAUGGCACUGAAGCUCAACAGAUGCUCCACGGCAAGCGACUGUCCAACGGCUCUCUGGAGUCGACCCACGAGGAGAGCCAGGUGGUGGAGCUGCAGGAGCUGCUGGAGAAGCAGAACUACGAGCUGGCCCAGAUGAAGGAGCGCAUGAACUCCCUCUCCUCCCGGGUCUCCGAGGUGGAGAUGGAGCUGGAGACGGCCCGGAAAGACCUCAUCAAGUCGGAGGAGAUGAACAUCAAGUACCAGAGGGACAUCAAAGAGGCCAUGUGUCAGAAAGAGGACAUGGAGGAGCGCAUCGUGACUUUGGAGAAACGCUACCUGAGCGCCCAGCGAGAGUCCACCUCGGUGCACGACAUCAACGACAAACUGGAGAACGAGUUGGCCAACAAGGAGGCGUUCCUCAGACAGAUGGAGGAGAAGAACCGGCAGCUCCUGGAGAGGCUGGAGCUCGCCGAGCAGAAGCUCCAGCAGACCAUGAGGAAAGCGGAGACGCUGCCCGAGGUCGAGGCCGAGCUGGCACAGAGGAUAGCAGCCCUCACCAAGGCGGAGGAGCGUCACGGGAGCAUCGAGGAGCGAAUGAGGCACUUGGAAUGCCAGCUGGAGGAGAAGAACCAGGAGCUGCUCCGGGCCCGACAGAGAGAAAAGAUGAACGAGGAGCACAACAAGCGACUCUCGGACACGGUGGACCGACUCCUCACCGAGUCCAACGAGCGCCUCCAGCUCCACCUGAAGGAGAGGAUGGCGGCUCUGGAGGAGAAGAAUGUGUUAAUCCAAGACUCUGAAGGUUACAGGAAACAGUACGAAGAUUCAAUCCAUGAAAAGACUCAUCUGGCAGAGGAGAUCGACAAACUGAGAUCAGAGCUGGACCAAUUCAGAUUGAGGGCCGGCUCCCUCACAGAUCCCACCUUGUCACGGUCUCAUCUGGACUCGUCCACUGAGCUACGAUUCUCCUUGGGAUCGCUGGCUGAAACCCAGUCGGACCACUACCGCUCAGCCAAGGUCAUCCGGAGAACAAGGAGAGGUCGAAUGGGUCUGCGUGAAAGCAAGGCCAAGUCGCUGGGGGAGCACGAAUGGCGCUCGCAGCAACUCGGGGUGCUGGGAGGCCACCACUUCGAGAGCGACACGGAGAUGUCCGACAUCGACGACGACGACCGGGAGACGAUGUUCAGCUCCAUGGACAUGCUGUCGCCCGGCGGCCACUCGGACGCUCAGACUCUGGCCAUGAUGCUGCAGGAGCAGCUGGACGCCAUCAACAAGGAGAUCCGGCUGAUCCAGGAGGAGAAGGAGUCGACGGAGCUGCGGGAGGAGGAGAUCGAGAACCGGGUGGCCAGCGUCAGCCUGGAGGGCCUCAACCUGGCCCGAAUGCACCACCACGGAGCCUCCAUCACCGCCUCGGCCACCGCGUCCUCUUUGGCCUCGUCCUCGCCGCCCAGCGGACACUCCACCCCCAAACUUGAUCCCCGAAGCCCGGCCCGCGACAUGGAGCGCAUGGGGGUCAUGACGCUGCCCAGUGAUCUGAGGAAACACAGGAGAAAGAUCGCGGCGGUGGACGAGGACGGCCACGAGGACAAGGCCACCAUCAAGUGUGAGACGUCGCCCCCGACAACGCCACGCACCGUCCGGAUGACACACACACUGCCCGCCUCCUCGCACAAUGACGCACGGGGGACCGUGUCGUCUCUGGAGGCGGAGGCCAGCGCCCUGAGUAGUGUCGCCAGCAGCCAGGACUCCCUCUACAAGCAUCCCAAGAAGAAGGGCAUCAAAUCCUCCAUCGGGCGGCUUUUCGGCAAGAAGGAGAAGGGCAGGAUGGCGCAUAUGGCACACAGACACGUCAUGUUGGAUCCUCAAGCGACCAUGAUGGACCCAGACAUGGCGGGCCAGGACAUGGCGCUGGGCAAGCUGGGAACUCAGGCCGAGAAGGACCGCCGGUUGAAAAAGAAACACGAGCUGCUGGAGGAGGCCCGGAGGAGGGGCUUACCGUUCGCCCAGUGGGACGGCCCGACGGUGGUCGCCUGGCUGGAGCUGUGGUUGGGGAUGCCGGCCUGGUACGUGGCGGCGUGCCGCGCCAACGUGAAGAGCGGCGCCAUCAUGUCGGCCCUCUCCGACACCGAGAUCCAGAGGGAGAUCGGCAUCAGCAACCCUCUGCACCGCCUCAAGCUGCGCCUGGCCAUCCAGGAGAUGGUGUCCCUCACGAGCCCCUCGGCUCCGCCCACCUCCAGAACCCCGUCGGGCAAUGUAUGGGUGACCCAUGAGGAGAUGGAGACCAUGGCAGCCCCCUCCAAAACGAAGUCCGACUCUGAGGAGGGCAGCUGGGCUCAGACUCUGGCGUACGGCGACAUGAACCACGAGUGGAUCGGGAACGAGUGGCUGCCCAGUCUCGGACUACCUCAGUACCGCAGCUACUUCAUGGAGUGCCUGGUGGACGCACGCAUGCUGGACCACCUCACCAAGAAGGACCUGAGGGUGCACCUGAAAAUGGUGGACAGCUUCCACAGAAUCAGUUUACAGUACGGGAUCAUGGGCCUGAAGAAGCUCAACUACGACAGGAAGGAGCUGGAGAGGCGGCGGGAGCACAGCCAGCAGGAAAUGAGAGACGUUCUGGUGUGGAGUAACGAGCGGGUCAUCCGCUGGGUCCAGAGCAUCGGCCUGAGGGACUACGCCAACAUCUUGUUUGAGAGCGGCGUGCACGGAGCUCUGGUCGCCCUGGACGACAACUUUGACUACAGCAGCCUGGCGCUGCUCCUCCAGAUCCCCAACCAGAACACUCAGGCACGUCAGAUUCUGGAGCGAGAGUACAAUAACAUGCUGGCGCUGGGCACCGACAGGCGGCUGGACGAGUGUGACGACAAAGACUUCCGGGGUCCGUCGUGGAGGAGGCAGUUCCCGCCGCGAGACUUUCACGGUAUAAGUAUGAUGCCCGGCUCGGCCGAGACGCUCCCCGCCGGAUUCCGUCUCACCACCACGUCCGGUCACUCCAGGAGAUUGCCCCCCGAGGGUUCAGUUCUGAGUAGGAGGAAGAGGAGGAAGAAGAGCUGCGGGACGGGCCAACCUGCCGAGGAUCAAACGUUCUGAUGACACUGCCAAGAAGCCCUGCUCUCCUCUCUGACCCCCCCCCCCCCCCCCUAUAAUGUGGGCACCAGAUGCCGGUGCUAAACUGUCCUGCAGGCUGCCCCGUCGUCACCGUUUUUACAUGUACAGUAACUUGUGGGAGCAUAACGUACUGUGUGUUUCUUCUACAGGAGACGUGUAGGUUAUCUGUAAAUAAAUGCCAUUUUUUUAAUAUAUACACACAUCUGAUCUAUGUAUAAAAAGAUAUUCAGAGUUUGUGGAAGAAAAAAAAAACAAUUGUCCCUGCCGCCUCAUUUAGUGGUCCAUAGAUUAAUAUAUGCUGCUCUUUAAACUGUCUCCAUAUUACCCCACCGUCUCCAGAUCAUUUUGUACAUAUGGUUUUAUUUUUUCAUUGUGCUGAUGAUGACGAUGAUAAACCUGUGCUGCACCGUACAGAGAGGAAGAGACGAGAUGUGACCUGCCCUCUAGUGUACAACAACAACAACAAACUCCAUCCUCCUUUCUUGCGGAUCCUCCGUCAUACAGAGGAACACGUUAAGGGGAACAAUGAGAAGCACUUUGAUACGACCGCGUCAGCUCCACGGACUCUUUAGUAGCCGAAAAAACAGAUUUUACAAGACUCUCCGAAGUUUGCUCAAAACUUCUUCUCAGAGAACAAAAAAAAAAGAAAAAAAGAAGCAGGAUGACAUUCGUAGAGAACCUGUCAAUUGUUGUACUGUAUGUUCUGUCAAACACACAAAAGGACAAACACUCAGCCAAGCUGGCCUUCUCCCCCCCCCAACAGAGCAGAGGAAAUAUCUGAAAGACAGACUGCUUUAGCUCAUCGUGUGCGUAGACUGUGUCUGACAUGUUCAGUGAGGUGACAUGUGACGACCAACCUGUUGCUUGCUGUGACUCACGUCGUCGGUGUCGUUUGUUCCCGUCAGAGUUGCCAGGGCAACCUGCUGUGCAGCCCUGUUGUCUCUGAUGGACGACUCAUACAAAGUCUUACGCUUUUGAUUUUAGUUUUUACAUCUUCAAUUUGCACGAAUAAUGGAUUGUUUUAUUUUGUGCCCAUUUUUAUUGAUUUAUUUAUUUAUUACUUGUACUUUGGUCAAAAGCAAGUGGUGAGCAAGCAACAUUUUCAUUGUCAAUGAUAAAAAGAAAAAAUACUGUCAGUGAA